GGAGUGUAGACCACCCGACAGAGAGAGCAACCAUUGCUAGGAAUAUAAGGAACCUCGUAAUAAAACGCAUACUAAAAUCCAUUUUAUACGACUGCUCUUUUAAACAGGAUUUGAUACCGAACAUUAUUGGAUAAAAUAUGGCAGGUUGCGGUACACCAUCCAAAAUAACAGGCGGCUCGGUGCUCACAACCGGUCCAUACAGUAACGGUUCCUAUGCCGUAUAUACGUGCACCAGCGGAUACGUGAUGUCCGGUACGGCGUACAUAGAGUGCCUGAAUGGAAUCUGGAGCGUGAAUCUGCCUGCGUGCUCUAAACAAGACUACAACCAGGUCUACAACUACAUCACAGACAACCACCAGGAUAUUCCUAAUUGGCUGUUAUGGAUGUUCGGGGCUAUAGCUGGUCUUCUUAUCCUCCUUCUACUUGCGUGUGUUUUUGCCUGGUGCCUUCAAUGCCUAGGAUGUUUUGGACGGGGUUCAUUGUUCGGAGAAAUGAACCCUCGUGGCUCGCCCUGUAUGUGUUGUGGGCGAAAGAGCUACGACACAGCUCGCCGGAGUUGUUCGACGUUUCCCCGCAAGUACGAGUACGAUGAAGACGGUCGGCGGUAUCACCUUGACGACAACGGCAUGGCGUGCUACUACGAUCACAAAAAUAAAUCACAUGGAAAAGUUGUGCAUUAUGGGAUAGAUGGUUCAUCAGAGGCCUCAACUCCACGACCAACAUUCGUGAAUGCGGUAAACGAGGUGAUCGUAGAGAGGCGAACUCAGCCCGCAAAAGAAAUCCUUGCAUGGAAACCGCACACCAACUCCGUCCGAAACAUCAACACCAGUACGAAGUAGCAACUUGGAAUGAUGUUUUUUUUUAUCGCGCUGUAUGAGCAAACGUGGAAGAAACGAAAGCUGAAACACUUUUUUUGUAGAUUACACUAUUUUGAAAAAUAAUUUAUAAGCGUCGGCGUGAAAAUUUUUGGCUAAAAAUAUUAGUUCAAUGACAAGUAAAUUCGAGGAAUUAUGGGCUGGUAUUCAUAAAGCUCCUAAAGGUAAACUAAAGAAAAUAAUUUUGCUCUUUCAUUUUGGUGUCUUUUCUCAUUUAAUUGGUUUUAUAUUUAAGAAAAAUUUUGCAACGAAGGAUUAUAUGUUGGCAUUACAAAACCGACACCAUUAGAAUUUCAACAGAAAAUUUGAUUUAAAAAUUUCCCUUAAAUCCAGCUUAUGUAAAGAAUUGUCUUAUGAGCUAUAUGAAUACCAGCCCUGAUAUGGUUAAAAAACAAGGGAUUUGUGUCGGUCAUUUUCCGAUGUGUUUGUGUACAAUUCUUUUUUUUGGUCAAACUACAAAAUGAUCGAAACUUAAUGUUCAACGAAAAUAUUGAUGUUUCAGCACUUCUGAAUGAGGAUUCGUUUUACAACACGUAUUUAUUGCCAAUAAUUAUAAAAAAAUUCUGAAAAUAUCCACAACAAAUUAAACUAUGGAUUGCAUAUUUAGAUCUUAUUAUAUAAAUUAUGAU